AUGGUUUUACAAGAAGAUGAAGAUUAUGUGAAUUUUCAGCCUGGUGGAACACAUAUAAAAAAAACAAUCGAACCAGAAUUCACAGAGGAAGACCAAAAAGAAAAGAAAAAGGGUGGAAAAUGGAAUACCGUUCGUAAACUUGUGACCAGUGCAAGUCAACAUAUUAAUAGUUCACAAAUGUUGAGGUUAUCCAGCAUUUUCUCUAUAUUAGCUCAACGUCAUAAAAAUGUUAUUACAGCUGGUGAUAUACUACUCGUUAUGCGAGCAUUAGGUGAUGCAUUAACAGAAGCUGAACUACAAGAUUUGAUCUUUGAGUUAGAUGUUGAUCGAGAUGGGAAAUUAGAUUUUUCAGAACUGUGCGCUUUUGUUGUUGAACGAAUAUACAAGAAGAAAUUAGAUCAUGAUUUUGAAGAAUUAUUUCGAAUACUAGAUCAAGAUGGUGAUGGAACACUGUCAAAAGAUGAUUUACGCAAUAUUUUACGCUAUUUUGAACUGGACUUCAGCGAUGAAAUAAUUGAUGAUAUUGUUAAAGAAAUUACUGGGUCUGAAAAUAACCUUAUUACCUAUUCAGAUUUGUCUAAGUUUAUCAUAGAUUCAGACAAAGAGUUUACUAUUACUGAAAUCUUGAACAAUCCUUUAUAAUAUAUGAAGAGAUAAUUAAACUCCAACUUCGUCAAGAAUUCUUAUUUAUUUGACUUGAUAGAUCGUACUCAAAUAAUUCCUUCAAUAAAUGAUGAAUUGUGUUGGAUUUUUAUUUCUUACAGAAUCUUGUUUCCUAGUUUUGGUAACAAGUAAAUUGAUUUAAAUGUUUUUCUC